AUGUCAAGGGGAAGAGGUGAUGGGGAUCAAAAGAAGCGGUUGGUAACUUGGAUAGUGGUGUUGGCUAUCAUUUGUGGCUGUGUUUACUUAUACUCUCGAAACAGUGGAACAUCUGCUUUGGAAUAUGGCAGUAAAUCUCUAAGGAAGUUUGGUUCUUCUUAUUUGGGUGGGGAAGAUGAUGGCGAUGAAGCUUCCAACAAGUCUGGCGAAGAACUACAGGAUGAUGUUAUACUUAAAAGCAUUCCCGUUUGUGAUGAUCGGCACUCGGAGCUGAUUCCUUGUCUAGACAGAAAUCUUAUAUACCAGACAAGAUUGAAGCUGGAUUUGUCUUUGAUGGAGCACUAUGAGAGACAUUGCCCAGUUCCAGAAAGGCGCUUCAAUUGCUUGAUUCCUCCUCCGCCAGGUUACAAGGUCCCAAUAAAGUGGCCCAAAAGCAGAGAUGUGGUGUGGAAAGCAAAUAUACCUCACACCCACCUCGCAAGUGAAAAGUCUGAUCAGAACUGGAUGGUUGUCAAAGGAGACAAGAUUUCAUUUCCUGGAGGAGGAACGCACUUCCAUUACGGAGCUGAUAAGUAUAUAGCUUCAAUUGCCAAUAUGCUAAACUUUUCAAAAAACAUUUUAAACAACGAAGGAAGGCUCCGGACAGUCCUUGAUGUUGGUUGUGGAGUUGCAAGUUUUGGGGGAUAUCUGCUCUCUUCUGAUAUUAUUGCAAUGUCUUUGGCACCAAACGAUGUUCAUCAAAACCAGAUCCAGUUUGCCUUAGAGAGAGGGAUUCCUGCAUAUCUUGGCGUUUUAGGGACAAAGAGACUUCCUUACCCAAGUAGAUCUUUUGAAUUUGCACAUUGUUCUCGCUGUAGGAUUGAUUGGCUUCAAAGAAAUGGAAUACUUCUGCUUGAGCUAGAUAGGUUGCUUAGACCUGGAGGCUAUUUUGCCUACUCAUCUCCUGAGGCCUAUGCACAAGAUGAUGAGGAUCUGAGGAUCUGGAAAGAAAUGAGUGCCCUUGUGGAGCGGAUGUGUUGGAAGAUUGCUUCAAAAAGGAAUCAAACUGUUAUCUGGGUCAAGCCUCUGACAAAUGACUGUUACAUGGAAAGAGAACCUGGUACUGAGCCUCCUCUCUGCAAAUCUGAUGAUGAUCCAGAUGCAGUGUGGGGUGUGGCAAUGGAAGCUUGCAUCACACCUUACUCUGACCAACAACAUAAAGCAAAAGGGAGUGGAUUGGCUCCUUGGCCUGCUCGGUUGACUACUCCACCUCCCCGUCUUGCUGACUUUGGCUAUUCUAAUGAAAUGUUUGAAAAGGACACGGAAGUUUGGCGGCACAGGGUUGAGAAUUAUUGGAAUCUUUUGAGCCCAAAGAUUCAGCCUGAUACACUGAGGAAUUUGAUGGACAUGAAUGCAAACCUAGGGUCAUUUGCAGCUUCACUAAAGAGCAAAGACGUUUGGGUUAUGAAUGUUGUGCCUGAAGAUGGACCUAACACUCUCAAGAUAAUAUAUGAUAGGGGCCUGAUAGGCUCUGUGCACAACUGGUGUGAAUCCUACUCAACCUAUCCACGAACUUAUGAUCUGCUGCAUGCUUGGACUGUGUUCUCCAACAUUGAAAAGAAAGAUUGUAGUGCUGAGGAUCUGUUAAUGGAGAUGGACCGCAUCUUGAGACCCACAGGCUUCAUUAUUAUCCGCGAUAAGCCAUCAGUGGUGGAAUUUGUAAAGAAACAUUUGUCAGCACUGCAUUGGGAAGCAGUGGCUACAGGUGAUGCUGAGGACACCGAGCAAGGUGAGGAUGAGGUGGUGUUCAUCGUCCAAAAGAAGUUGUGGCUAACAAGCAACAGCUUCAGUGUCACUGAAUAA